AUGGUCUGCCGUGGUAUUACUUUUAUUGUCAUGUUUCUGGCGCAUGCUUCUGGAAAUCAACCGCCGCCGCUUUCCGCGCGUCCAACGUACCCUUAUCGGACGAGAACAAAAAAGGUGGCUUGCUUCUUCCUUGGAUCCCUUUUCCCUGGGGCAGUUGUCAUCGCUACCAAGCUUCUUCCUCGGCACCUGCAUGUCAUCUCAAUAGGGUUUGUCGCUGCCUUUGGGGGUAGCGGGGCGGCAAUCCUCCCUUCUGCGGUUGGUGUGCUUGCACAAGCCAAGGGAGUGAAAGUGCUGCAGCCAUUUAUCAUCGCCCUAUCUGGUGCCAUUCUCAUCACGUGGCUAGGAUUGCCGCGGGUAACCAAGGUCACACAUAGUGAAUAG